GAGGGCGACAAACGUGUGACUGAAUAUCCGUGAGUCCACGUGCGACUUGUUGACAUUCUUCCUGAUCUUGCCAGCUUGCCUUGAAUAAAGACCUCGUAAUCAUGAGAAAAUUGAAGUAUCAUGAACAGAAGUUGCUGAAGAAGGUUGACUUUAUAUCAUGGGAAGUUGACAACAACCUACAUGAAGUAAAAAUCAUGCGGCGUUACCACAUUCAAAAGAGGGAAGAUUACACAAAGUAUAACAAAUUAAGCCGUCAUGUCAGAACUUUAGCCAAUAAGAUUAAGCAGCUUGACAGCAAGGAUCCAUUCAGGAAUCAAUGCACUAAUCAGAUGUUAAACAAGUUGUACAACAUUGGGAUCAUAGCAACCAAACAGAAUUUAGCCCUCUGUGAUAAUGUGAGUGCAUCAUCAUUCUGUAGAAGACGGCUUCCAGUUGUAAUGGUCAAAUUAAAGAUGGCGGAGAAGGUGGAGUCAGCUGUCAAGUUUGUUCAGCAUGGCCAUGUGAGGGUCGGUCCAGAAUUAGUCUUGGAUCCAGCUUUUCUUGUUACGAGAUCAAUGGAAGAUUUUGUAACGUGGACUGAUACAUCAAAGAUCAAGAAACACAUUGUUGAAUACAAUGAAGAGAGGGAUGAUUUUGAUCUGAUGUGAACAAUGCUCAGAACUGAUUAUGGCUACUCACAGAGGAUAAUUAUUAAGGAUGAAGAAAAGGAACGACUGUUCGACUGGAGGUUGGCCCAAUCAUUGCUCUAGGAGAAUGCUGUUGGCAGAGAUGCCAAGUUCAAAGACCCAGCUAUGCUUGAGAUUUUCCAUGACUCUGCAUGAGAUCUCAGGCAUUGUGUAUCAUGUAUAUGAUGGAUAGGCUGUGAUACUUGUGAUAAUUACAUAGGAAUGAGAUUUGAGGGGAUGAGCAAGAUAAAUGCAGGAGACUCACACAUAAUUCAUGAAACUUGGCAUGCCUGUGUUGGUGGCUAUAAAAGUGCCUCCUCUGGAUCUGGAUGUAUACACUGCUGGACCAAUUGGUAUGAAUGCAGCGGGUGAGAGAGGGCGCGGUGAUAUCCAAUAGCAUCGUAGGUUGCUCUUUACGAUCUUCGACUUGAACACCUCUAGUGAUGUGCUGUUCACAACGUCAGGUGGGAGAUGGUUCCAAGCCAAAGGGGUACUCACAAAAAUGAUUGUUUUAAUUUGUAAUGUUAGCAUGACUUUAUAUGCCUGCUUCCUCAAGGAUACUGCUGCAGAUGAUAGAAAUUCAUUCUUGAUGCUAGCUGUCUUUUGAUAAGACUUUAUUUAAGGCCAGAGGAUGUUUUUAUGUUAGCACGACUUUAUAUGCCUGCCUAGUGACCUGUUCAUGUGUUUAACUCUGGUGUGUGAAUGACCACAAGUGAAAGUAGCUGAAAUUGCAUGUUUCAAUCCUUUACUACAAAGUACACAAAAAGAUGAAAAUAAGUUGCGAAAAUAUCUAAAAACAGCUAAAAAGCUGAACUUUCAGACCCCUGCAAACUAGAUCCAUGUACCCGCUUAUAUUUUUUUACCGUAAUGGGAGUGAUUUUCAUGUAUACUAUAAUCCAAUUUUUGACAAAUAAUAAACUUUGCUUUCAGAUGUUUGUCAAGAAGAAUUUUUAUUGAAUAAAUUGGAUUUCAACUCAAGCUGAUGGAAAUCAAAAUGAUUGCAGAUCGAACCUAGCACCAAGAACAGGUACAUGUAACUAGUCACACAUUACGUCAUGUGUAACUUACACACAGCUUUAUGAAACACCAGCCAGUAAGGCUCUCAUUUCUGAAUUGAGGCAUUUAAAGGAUGGAUUUAUUGCAUCAUUAAAGAAUCUUAGAAUAUUCUGAAUUUUGCCGAAGAGAUUGUCGUUUUUAAAUGAAUAUCGUAAGAUCAUGCUUAUAAUCUCAUCUAAACACCAUCUUUGUGAAUGCUAUGGCUUCCUACAAUCAGUGUACUAGUAAGAGUAGUGACCAUCUUUAUCAGAGAAAUGCGACGAGGUUCAAUGGAACACAGUUCAAAUAUGAAAUUCAAGUUUUCUACCAAUUGAGGUGUACCUUGGGGACUCAUGUAUGAUGCAUUUAAAGGUCACGUUCGCCCCAGAAAAAUGUUGAUUUUAAUAAAAAAACAAAAAAGUAGAAAUUUGACUUGUCCAAAGGACACAGAUGCCCCCGCUUAACACGAUCAGAAAUUCAUUCAAUAUGAUUGAACUUAAUAUCGUGCAGAAACCAAUAUGGAUAUAAUGAACAAAUUGAGACAUUUGAACCAACUCGCAUACAUAAUGAGCUUUGACCUGCGGACUCCGAAUUCGAACUUAGCCUGUAUUUUGGUGUCAUCUACCUACACACCAAAAUAUUUUUAAAUCCAUUAAAUAUUUCAUAAGUUAUGUGGAAACCAACUCACAUAUUUAAUGAGCUUUGACCUGCGGACUCCGAAUUUGAACUUAGCCUGUAUUUUGGUGUCAUCUACCUACACACCAAAUUUUUUUUUAAUCCAUUAAAUAUUUGUUGAGUUAUUGUGCAUAAACCAACUUGCAUAUUUAAUGAGCUGGGACCUUUGACCUUAGACCUGCGGAAUUCGAACUUAGCCUGUAUUUUGGUGUCAUCUACCUACACACCAAAAAAUUUUUAAAUCCAUUAAAUAUUUCAUAAGUUAUGCGGAAACCAACUCGCAUAUUUACUGAGCCUUUGACCUGCGGACUCCGAAUUCAAAUUUAGCCUGUAUUUUGGUAUCAUCUACCUACACACCAAAAUUUUUUUAAAUCCAUUAAAUAUUUCAUAAGUUAUCAUGUGGAAACCAACUCGCAUAUUUAAUGAGCUGUGUCCUUUGACCUGCGGACUCCGAACUUAGCCUGUAUUUUGGUGUCUUCUACCUACACACACAUUUUUUUUUAAUCCAUUUAAUAUUUUUUGAGUUAUUGCGCAGAAACCAACUCGCAUACUUAAUGAGCUGGGACCUUUGACCUUAGACCUGCGGACUCCGAAUUCGAAGUUAGCCUGUAUUUUGGUAUCAUCUACCUACACACCAAAAUUUUUUAAAUCCAUUAAAUAUUUGUUGAGUUAUUGCGCGGAAACCAACUCGCGUAUUUAAUGAGCUUUGACCUGCGGACUCUGAACUUAGCCUGUAUUCUGGUGUCAUCUACCUACCCCCUCCAGACUUCGUCUGCGGGGGCAUAAAAACUAACAUAACGCUGAAAAUUUCAUCAAAAUCUGAUGUAAAAUAAGAAAGUUAUGACAUUUUAAAAUAGUGAUAUGCAUAACUCAGUGACAUGCAAAUGAAACAGAUGAUGAUGUCCUUCACUCACUAUUACUUUUGUUUUUUAUUGUUUGAAUCAUACAAUAUUUCAUUUUUUACAGAUUUGACAAUAAGGACGAACUUAACUUGACUGAACCAAUGCCAUAUGUUCUGGAGGAAUUAAUUGUUGUUUCACUUGACAACGAGGAGAAAAUUACAAUAUUUUAUAUUUCAUAUAAUAGAAUACAAGAGAAAUAGUGAGUGGAUGACAUCAUCAGUCUCCUCAUUUGCAUACCGACCAGGAUUUGCUUAUAACUGUUUUGUGAAAUUAAGCGAAACUUUGAAAUGUAAUAACUUUAUCAUUUUAUAUCCAAUUUUGAUGAAAUAAUGUGUUAUGCUUGUUGGAUUUUUCUCUUUAAAUCAAUAUUUUAUUGGGGCGGACUUGACCUUUAAACAACUCUUGUGCAACAGGCUGUUGUUGGAAAGUACAUCCUUGUGUACUGGUAAUUUUACAACUGGAAUCUGAGGCUCCAAAAUUUUGAGCCAAAAUAUUGCCUUUUGCUAAUUAGCCAUAACAAAUUAUUUUUGUAGUUUGAUUCUAAUUGUUUUGAAAUAUGUAUAUUUGAUUGGUAUGAAUGGUAAUCAACAUUUGAUUAUUCAAACUUGAAUUGACAAUGCAUUUGAAGUAAAAAAUAAUUCAUGAAAGUAAUUUGUUCACCUAUUCCCAUCAUUGAAGACACAAUGAUUUUUUAAAAAGCUGUAUCAAACACUUCCCCUUUCCCUGGUAUGUUUAUCAUCACCUAUGCACUAACUAACUGUCACCCAUUUGGAGAUAUCACGAAGCUUCACACUUUGAUCUGAAGGCUGAUUUUUGCAAUAAAGCAUACAAAUCAGCAUAGGGGCGGAUCCAGGAUUUUCCAAAGGGGGGGGGGGUGCACAUUUUCCCCCGAGGAAUAAUUUGACAAGCAAAAAAAAAAUGUUCUUCACUUUCAAAAUGGGGGGGGGGGUGAGGUAUCCAUUACAAAUACUCCAUUUACCUGUUACAUGGUUACUUUUGGUUAGAAGGAAAGUAAAUGAAUAAAGUAUUGUCGGAAUAGAAAGUCUACUUAAUAAAUUAUAACAAUUCAUGUUUUAAAUUGUGAAAUAUAAUAAUUAACAGGUAAAUGGAGUGAUUUUAAAUGGUACUUCACAAGCCCUAUUCACAACAUGCAUUUAUUUGGUCCCAUUAGAAUCAUUCAUGCUCUGUUACUGUAGUAAUAGAACAUGUUCUUUAAUACACUGUUCAAGUAUGUAACGUUUGAUAAUGAUCAUGAUUUUGUUUUACAGAAUGGGAAGUGGAUGAUAAUUUGGGAAGUGGAUGAUAAUUUGGGAAGUGGAUGAUAAUUUUUGAUCAUUUUCUGUUUUAAAGGGAGAACAAUUUGUAUUGUGAAUUUGUGAUCUCCCAUAAAAUAUAAGGAAAAAAUAAUUGAAAGCAUGCAAUGAAAAUAUUUUCCUUAAUCAUACUCAACAUUUUUAUUGAUGUAUAUUGUAUAUUUCUCUUUUUGGGGGUGAUAUUUUUCAUCAAAUUUUGAUAUUUUAAACAUUUUUAGCAUGGAAUAUUUCUUUAAAUGUACUUCCUGUUAUGUGUUUUGUUAAUUUUUUUAAAGGGAGAAUACUGUUCAGGGUUAUCAAAGAUUCAGUAUUUGAAAACAAUUUGUACACAAAACAUUAUGAAACUUUCUGCAUUGUAUCAACUGUAACAAUAGAAUGGCAUUUUAUUUCAUGAAAAGUAAAUAAAGUACAUAGAUGAUAAAAUUCA